AUGCCCCUCCUCCUCUUGCUGCUCCUGCUGCCAAACCCUUCACACCCCGCCCCCAUCUGUGAAGUUGGCCACAAGGACAGCCAGAUAGAAGUGAACUGUGAAAAUAAGGGGCUGAAGGCACCGCCUCCAAACCUGCAGGUCAACACCGCCAUCCUCCACCUGGGUGAGAACCCCCUGGGCACUUUCUCCAUGGCAUCCGUGGUGGAUCUGCCCCACCUCACUGAGCUGUUCCUGGGUAAGAGCCAGCUGACCAGCCUGCAGACAGACGUGAAACUGCCGCGGCUGGAGGUCCUGAAUCUAGCGCACAAUGAGCUGAGAAGCCUGCCCAAGCUGGGAUGGGCACUGCCAGCUCUCUCCAUCCUGGAUGUGUCCUUCAACAAGCUGACCUCGCUGUCUUCUGAUGCUCUGCAUGGCCUGAGCCACCUCCAUGAGCUCUAUCUCCGUGGAAACCAGCUGAGGACUCUUCCCCCUGGGCUCCUGGUGCCCACGCCCCGCCUGAAGAAGCUCAACCUGGCUGAAAACGACUUGCAAGAGCUGCCCCCUGAGCUUCUAAAAGGGUUGGAGGAACUUGACACCCUCUAUCUCCAAAACAACAGGCUGCGCACGAUACCAACGGACUUCUUUGGGAUGCUCCUCCUGCCCUAUGCUUUUUUCCAUAACAACUCCUGGUCCUGCGACUGCGGGAUCCUCUAUUUCAGCCGCUGGCUACAGGACAACCCCAGCAAUGUGUAUGUAUGGAAGGAGGAUGUGGAUAUUAAGGCCAUGACCCCCGAUGUGAAGAGCGUUCAGUGUGUCGAUAUGAGUGGCACAUACGUCUACAACUUCUCGGGGGAUGGCUGCUCCAUCCCUGGUGACAGGGACUACCUGGACUACGAUGAAUACGAAGAGGAACACAAGGUACCUGUCACGAGCACUGUGAUCAGCCCCUCUAACCACGCCAUGCACUGGGACCUGCCCUAUUCAGCACUGCCUACUUCGCCAGGCAGUCAAGUGUCCUCCUUGCCUCCAGCUAAGAAACUGACCAUGAUCCCAAUUACUAUAGACUCCAUCACCUCCUCCAAAACUCUAAAAUCCACUACUGAGCCCCCCACAACUCCAACCACCCCAGAAUCCACAACCCCGACCACCCCAGAACCCACAAUCCCAACCACCCCAGAGCCCACUACCCCGACCACCCCAGAGCCCACUUCCCCGACCACCCCAGAGCCCACAACCCCGACCACCCCAGAGCCCACUACCCCGACCACCCCAGAGGCCACAACCCCGACCACCCCAGAGCCCACUACCCCGACCACCCCAGAGGCCACAACCCCGACCACCCCAGAGCCCACUACCCUGACCACCCCAGAGCCCACUACCCCGACCACCCCAGAGCCCACAACACCGACCACCCCAGAGCCCACAACACCGACCACCCCAGAGCCCACUACCCCGACCACCCCAGAACCCGUAAGUGAGACUUUACAACCAACCAUAUUCUUAACCUCCACAGAAUCCAUUUCACUCCCCACUAUCUUAGAAUCCACCAUAACCAUCAUCUCUGAAUCUAACAACCUCUGGAAGGCCCAGGGAUUGGCUAAUUCCAGAAACAACCCUGUUCUCAGCUCUGACUCUUGCUGUCUGUUCCUGGGCUUCUAUAUCUUGGGUCUCCUCUGGCUCCUGGUUGCCUCUGUGAUCCUCAUCCUGCUGCUGUGCUGGGUCCAGCAGCUGAAGCCAUGGGCCCUGGCCACGGCCACCCACACGGCGCACCUGGAACUGCAGAGGGGAAAGCAGGUGACGGUGCACCGGGCCUGGCUGCUUUUCUUCCAAGGCUUACUUCCCACUUUCCGCUCUAGCCUUUUCCUGUGGGUACGGCCUAAUGGCCGCAUGGGGCCUCUGCAGGCGGGUCGGCGGCCUUCGGCCCUGAGCCUGAGUCGUGGUGGGGAUCUGCUGGGGACAGUGGGUGUUAGGUACUCUGGCCACAGCCUCUGA